AUGGAGCACGAAAUGGAUGACGCGCAACCCGCGCCGCCUUUCACGGCGGUGUGCACGCAUCGUCUGGUCGUGAGCAGCCCCAGCAAAGACGGCCACGCCAGCCCCGGUUCGCCCGAGGUGAUGUCGGUGCUGGGCGGCAAGGCGUCGUGCCGGCGGAAGUUCGUCCUGCACGUGCAGCUCACGGACGACCAGGGUAACCCGGUGAGCAAGGACCUCGCUGUCACGGCCUCGCUCACCUACUCGCACGACUGCAGUGCGGUGAAGCUGGAGGAGGGACAGGCGAUGGUGGAGCCACCGCUCUUCACCACUUUCAACGGCGUCGAGUUCCCCGCACACCUCCGCCCCUCACAGAUGCUCGCAGGGCGAGCAACGUUCAAGCUGGCGCUGUCAGUGCUAUCAUCCAAGUGUGACAACCGCCUGUUCGCCGUGUGCUUCACGGCCGCCACGCCCCUCAACGCCCCCACCCCCCUCAACGCCGACGGCUCGCCUCUGCUCGUCGCCCCCGGCUACUCCCGCGCCAUUCGCAGCAUCUCUCGCAAGCGAUCCCGCAACGCUGGCCCUGGUGCCGCUACUGCCAACAGAGGCGGCGGCAACGGCAACGCGAGCAGCAGCAGUGCGAGCCACGGCAGUGCAGGGCAGGGCAGCCACGGCAACCACAGCAGCCACGGGCUGCACCUGGCGUCCAACGGGCUGCAGCUGCCGUCCAAGCUCGCCUUCCUCGCUCCCGUGCACGUCCCCGCUGGGCCACUCCUCUUCCCACCGGCCUCCGCCCUCUCGCCCGCACCGCGCCGCUGGAGGGGCAAGGCCAGCCACGAGUUCAUCACAUCGCCACCCGCUGACGUGGCGCAUGACCUGCCCUCGUGGCGCAUGUGCCCCUCGCCUUCCGCGCCCCUCCUCUGCCCCUCCCCCUCCUCCCUCCUCCCCUCCCCACAAGGCCCCCACAAGCCUCGCUCGCUCCCCCCCACGCCCUCUCUCCCCAUCCCUUCCCCCACGGGGGGAGUGGCGCACUCCCCCUCCCCCCGGGCGGCAGCAGCAGCAGCGGCCAUGCCGUCACCAUCACCACGAGCGUUUUCCACGUCAGCACCAUCGCCAACUGGCACAGUGGGGUCAACGAGUGCCAUGUCAGCACACGGCUCGCCUGCCAUUACUGCACGACCCUCCCCCUCCCUGCCACCCCGCUCCUCCCCCUCCAUCGCACCCCGUCCUUCCCCACCUGCACCUUCCCCAGCUGCGCCCUCCCCUGCCCCAUCACCCGCCCCAGCUACGCCCGCCCCUGCUCCAUCUCCCUCCCUGGACUCAUCUAUGGCAGGCAGCAGUGGCUGCCACGUCAGCAGCGAGCAGAUGAUGAGUCAGGAGGCCACGUGGAGCACUGGCGCUACAGAUGCUCGCCCUGCUCCCGCGCUCGCCCCUCCUGCGCCUCUUGCUCCUUCUCCUCUCUACUCUCAUGCUCCCCCUCGUCCUCCUGCCCCUCCUCUCCCUGUCUCUGCCUCUGACCCGCCAGCACACCCCCCUGGUUCCUUCUCCCACUACCUCACCACGCCACUCGUCUUCCCCUCCUCCCUCCUCCUCUCCACGCCCCACCACGCUCUGCCGCCCAAGACUCUGAGCUACAGCCAGAGCUACAGCGCCUGCUACAGCCGCGCUCCUGCUGACGCCUAUGCAGCCCCAAGUGUGCCGGGGCCUGGAUGUGGGGUUGAUGAGAGAGGGGACGAGGCAGCAGCAACAUAUGGGGAAGCGAGCGCAAUG